AUGCCAGCGACUCACAAACGAAAGCAAUCAACAGACACUCUGGGCCAGUCAGAGAGGAAACGGGCGAAAAUUGUUGACAAGCAACCCUGUGCCAACGUACUUCCCAGUCCCACGCGCGCCCUGCCCUCUGACCCGCCCAAUACGGCCACCUCAGCUACAAAUGAAUCCCCAUCAUUCCUGCCAACGCCACCGGAGGUGAAAAUGGAAGACUCAGACACGAGCCAGGUGGGAUCUACGUUGAAGGAUGUGGACGCUGCGCGGUUACAAUCUAUUCGGAAUGUCAUUCAAACACAGAUCAGUCUCGAAAUUCUCUUGAAGCACAAGGAACUCCGACUUAUCGACCAAGAAAUAGCCAAAUGUCAGGCCUCGUUGGAACAACUCCGUCGAUGCAAGGAGAUUCCUUUCCCCGGGACACAGCAACUUUCCUUUGGUGUCAGCGGUGGCACAGGUCCAGCUCUACGCAGUUCAUUCCCCUCUCCGCUACCUCAGUUACCCGCGCCUUGGGGUGUCACAGAAGGGCCUUAUUCCCGUCAUUAUGCGAAAUGGCUUUUGCCCGACCCGCGCUUUGACGGCGGCGAACCAGAGCUUGUGGCUACUACACCUGUUGGCAAAUCUCCCAUGAAAUUCAGAUCUCAAACCAGAGGUCAAUUCGCUGAAGGGCCCCAAACAUCAAGCCAAUCUCGGGCGCAACGUAGUGGCAAACUGAAAUCUCUGCCUGCCGGAUAUGGACAGCCAAAGGAGAAAGCAACAGGUCCAAUGAUCAUCAAGAGGAAAUCCGACGGGGCUACCGUGAAGCUCGUUUGUCCAGACUGUGGCCGGUUUGAUUUUGGGAGUGCUCAAGGUUUCAUCAAUCAUUGCCGAAUCGGCCACGGCCGGAGUUUUGCAAGUCACGACGCUGCGGCAGAUGCUUGCGGAGAACCGGUUGAGGUCGACGAAACCGGAGCAAUGAUCGGUGUUGAACCUGCUGUGACCCCCGCCGCCGGCAACGUGCACCCCCUGAUCCGUUCAGCCAAACUUCUGCAACCGAAGCCACCUCGGAUCAUGUCCCAAACGACUCCGGCAACUGAUAAAACGGGAAGCCCCAAGCCAACACAGGUGUCACCUGAUUUUAGGGGAUCGGCCUUGACACCCAAUCUGUCUGAGCUUGUCCAAGCUAGGGGUCUUGGACUUGAUCUUCAAGAAAUGGUCUCGGAUGCGAAAACCAAAGUUGAACUGCCAGAUUCUGAUUCGGAGGACGACGAAAUGGAUGUGGAUGUUCCCAUGCAAAACACUGCUCAGGGCCGGCACCCACAAGUUGCAGGCACUAAACAACCGCCAAAACCUACCAAGUCUCCAUUGUCAUCUCCCCUGCUGCAUUCAAAUAUGCUGAGGUCCACCAACAAUUUGCGAGGAGGGUUGUCGCAGUAUGACGGUGCCAACGACAAGCCGACUCAACACCGGCCGCGUGGAAUGACUCUACCCAUGAACGGCACCUCUCCGUCUGACCUUCAACCUUCUGACCCAUCUCCCACCAGUGAAUCAAAUCAAGCUCCGAGCCUGGUCGAUGACGAUGAAGAAUUUGAACCACACUCCCCAAGCAGCAGCUCCGUUUCUGACGAGCACGAUGAGGGCGAAGUCGAGUUUGAAGUCCAAGGUGACGAUGAUGAUGCUCGAAGCGUUCUGCGUGCCCCUGACUUUCAGCCAAGCUGUGCACAAGCAGUCCGACCUCCGACACAUACCCGGCGAGCUUCGGCAAUCCGGCGACAUGGUGAAGAGAGAGAGGAGAAACACGUCAGUUUCGUCAGCCCGAGCCCGGCACGUGAUGUGCCCAAUACUCGCUUAGGUCCAGAUCGAAAGAGGAAAAAGGUUUAG